AAUGUCAGUGAACUGUGUCAUGACCUGUGUGGGUUUUUCAUCUCUUUAGUUGGGUCGAGAUCUUCAGCAGUAUCAGAGUCAGGCUAAGCAACUCUUCAGGAAACUCAAUGACCAGAGUCCCACACGCUGCACUUUAGAAGCCGGUUCAAUGGCAUUUCAUUAUUUUAUAGAGAAAGGCGUGUGCUACCUCGUGCUGUGUGAAGCCAGCUUCCCCAAGAAGCUAGCCUUCGCUUACCUAGAAGACCUGCAGGCAGAGUUUCACGAGCAGCAUGGAAAGAAGGUUCCCAUGGUGUCCCGCCCCUACUCCUUCAUCGAAUUUGACACAUACAUUCAGAAAACCAAGAAGUCGUACAUUGACAGCCGAGCGAGAAGGAACCUGGGCAGCAUCAACACAGAGCUGCAAGAUGUUCAGAGGAUCAUGGUGGCGAACAUCGAGGAGGUGCUGCAGAGAGGAGAAGCUCUCUCUGCACUCGACUCCAAGGCCAGCAACUUGUCCAGCCUGUCGAAGAAGUACAGGAGCGACGCCAAGUAUCUGAACACCCGCUCCACCUAUGCCAAACUGGCAGCCGGCGGCGUCUUUUUCAUCAUGCUCAUUGUCUAUGUACGCUUCUGGUGGCUCUGAGAGAUGAAAGAGAAGGAGGAAGAAGGGGGUGUUGAAGUGGAAAAUGACCUGCAAGGAGUCUGCAGACCUCGAAGAAAAAAAAAAAAGAUAAAAACAGGUUCCCUGCUCUCAAUAAGACUUUUACAGACAAACCGCCGCCCGUUUCUGUUCUCGCCUGUCCAUGGAUGUGUGAUCUGAAUAUAAAUGAUGUCACAUACAUAGUUUUAUUAUUAACCGUUAAUGCUCUCGUAGUUGCCCUGGAUCGGAGAGGGAAUGAGUGAAUGUGUGGGAGUGUUUAUGAGCUGAUUGUUUUUUUUUCCUGAAGUUGAUUUGUGUGCAAGUGUCGAGGGGAAGAUUUAAGAGAAGAAAAUUUCCUGUUUUGUGAGUUUCCAAAGCUGUACUGUACUGUAACAGGAGUGGCUGAUUCAAUCUUGUAUACUGUCUAAUAAUACAGAAAAGAGAAAAAAAAUCUAAACAUUUUAUUUAUCCUGACCACAUUACAUGGGAAAUACUAGUCAUUUAACAUGUUAAUCAUAAUAGUGAUGGACAACAUUCAGUAUCGACUACACAUAUUUGCAAAACACGGCAUUAAGCUUCAGUAAGGACUUCAAAUAGGCUUAGUAACAGGAAGUAAUUGAAGUGGACUUUUUUAAUACUGUAUGGAAGCCUUGCAAAUGUUAUUCCACCUGCAGAUUUCUUUGCCAUUAUGGGAUGUCAGUGACCCUAAAAAUGACUAUAACUAUUGAGAGGGACAGCAGUGACAGCAUCCCACACUCAUAUAUCCGCCUUUCCUUGCAGGUUAAUCAUUUUCUAUAAGAAUAAACUGUAGUUGCAUGUCA